UGUAAUGUAAUAUCCAGGCUAUGAUAAGGGCACACAAGGUUAAACAGUAUACUUUAUAAAAGGGGUAAAGAUAAUACGGGAAGGUGUGAAUUUUGUGGGCAAGAAGAAACAGUGGAGCAUGUCCUGCUAUACUGUCAGAAAUACGAGACUGAAAGAAGGAGUCUAAUACAAAAUCUAGCAAAACAUUAAAAAUGCCAUUUUUAAUGAGAAAAGGAGAAAGACUAAGAGAGAUUCUACAAAAUAACUCAGGAAAUGAAUGUUGUUAGGUUUAUUUUUCAGUAUUUUAAAAGAUCUCAUCUGUGGGAGAGAAUAUAGAAAAAGGGAGGGAGUACUAUAUGUCAUUUUGACCCACACUUCAUACCAGGCGGUGGCGGUAAUGCACCAUUACACUGUUUGUCAACCGCCAAUAAAAUCUCAGAAGAAGAAGUCGGGGGGGAAACGGCCAUUUCCCUUGACCUCAUGAGUUCUGUUAGCUAUUGUUUUGUGUCAUUUGACUCUCGUUCAGCAUGUCUUAUAAAUUAAACGCCCUUUUUAGCGACUCAUACGUUGAUAUAAGUCAGUACAGAGACCAGCAUUUCAAGGGCAAUCGGCAUGAGCAAGAAAAACUGUUGAAGCAAAGCAAUACGCUUUAUGUUGGGAACCUUUCUUUCUACACAACAGAAGAGCAGGUGUAUGAGCUUUUCUCCAAAAGCGGCGACGUGAAAAGAAUAGUCAUCGGCCUCGACAAGGUCAAGAAGACUGCGUGUGGGUUUUGUUUCGUGGAGUACUAUACACGAGCCGAUGCUGAGCAUGCGAUGAGAUUUAUUAACGGAACCAGACUGGACGAUAGAAUCAUCAGAACAGACUGGGACGCGGGUUUUAAAGAGGGGCGGCAGUACGGUCGGGGCAAAUCGGGUGGUCAGGUGCGAGAUGAAUACAGACAGGAUUAUGACCCUGCACGAGGCGGAUACGGCAAAUUAGCUCAGCUACAAAGGGGCCCAGACGGACAUCAAAAAUUUUAGUCGUUAACAGGGACAUUUUGAAAAUGUAGUGGAGGAAUAUUUUUUUUUUCUAAAUAUUAAUGUACAUAUAAACUAUGACCUAUUCAGAGGUUGCACAGAAGAAAUGACCAUCCAUAGGAUUUGGUGAAACUGACUGAUGUGGUAGUAUUGGGCUUCCUUUUCAUUUUUGUAAUAAACAAUAAGGUCUUUUACCUUUC